CGUCCAGUGCCGUUAUAGGACCCACAGGAACAGCAAGUUUAGUGCGUGUUUUUUUUUUCGUAUUUGUCUUUUGUUUUAGUGUAGACAUGGUGAAGCUAAAAAUAGCAACAUGCUUAGCACUGCUUCUCUGCAUCUUUAAAACUGUCCACUCUGUACCAAAUUGCAGUAAUGGUUUCGGUGCAACAGGACCCAACGUCAUUUGUAGUGCAGGAGUUGAAGACUACGUUGUACGGAAAGGCCUGGUCUCGGAUAAUGAUCGUACAACAACCAUAGUUCUAAAAGGAUGCCGAAUUACCAGUAUUGAAGCAGACGCUCUCAACCACCUACCUGCUCUCGAAAAUAUCGACCUCUCUGAAAACUCAUUGCAGGCCUUAACAUCAAUAUUUGAUCAGACACCAAAUCUGCUCAAACUUAAUCUAAGCAACAACAGAAUAGAAAGCUUACAACCUAAUGUUUUUGACGCACUGACAAAAUUAAAAUCCCUGGAUUUAUCAAAUAAUGUAAUUAUGGGAAGAAAUUUAGAAUCUAGAGUAUUCAAAGAGUUACACCACAUCGAGUGUUUAGAUUUUUCUGGAAACUAUAUGACCGGCACGUCUGGAAAUUUGCUUCAAUCAUUACAAACUAUAAAAACGUUAAAAUUAUCGAGGUGCAAUUUGGACGAAGUGCCUCAAUUCACCACACAGCCUUAUUUAACCUCUUUGACGCAACUGACUUUGUCGUCAAACCAUGUUACCAGGCUUCACGACAACUUAUUCAUCAAUUUUGAAAAGCUUGAAACCAUUGAACUAGACGAUAACCUAAUUGAAUUUAUACAUGAGAAUGUAUUUACACCUUUAAAAAACAUUAAAACUGCAACAUAA